UUCUAUUUAAACAAAACAAAAGAAUAUUUGGGGUAGUUUGGUAAUCUCAAAGCAUUGAGACAUGGGGAGAAAGUUGAGCAGCAACUAGGCCUAUUUUAUUACCCCCACAUAAACUUUCAUUAAACACUCUUCUUCUUCUUCUUCUUCUUCUUCUUUAGAAAAUUCAACCCACAUCAUCACACAGUGGAAAAACCUCCUCUUCCGAGUUGGAAAGCGACUAACCCAACACCUUCCCCUUCUCUCUCCACCAUAUAUAUACUCUCUCUUGCUCUUUGCACGAACCAUUUCGCCAAAAAAAACAUCACAAUAGAAAUGCCUGCGAAUCCUCCAAAGUCAUCCCUCUUGCUCCACAGAAUCAACAAUAACACCCCCAACACUAACUCCACCAUCACAAUCACUACAGAAACAGUUGAUAAUUCCUCCAUGCUUUGCCAAAAGCGCUAUCCUUUAACAUGCACCAUGCCCGUCCCCGACUCUGUUGCUCACCACCACACCCACCCUGUUGGCCCCAACCAGUGCUGCUCAGCCGUCGUCCAGCAGAUCGCCGCCCCCGUCUCCACCGUCUGGUCCGUCGUCCGCCGCUUCGAUAACCCCCAGGCUUACAAGCACUUCGUCAAGAGCUGUCAUGUCAUCGUUGGGGAUGGUGAAGUUGGCACCCUUCGUGAAGUCCACGUCAUCUCGGGCCUCCCUGCCGCCAGGAGCACCGAACGUCUCGAAAUCCUUGACGACGAGAGUCAUGUUCUCAGCUUCAGCGUCGUCGGUGGAGACCAUCGACUAGCCAACUACAGGUCGGUGACGACCCUCCACCCUUCGACUGCUGGGAACGAAACGGUGGUGGUGGAAUCAUACGUGGUGGACGUACCGCCGGGGAACACCAAAGAUGACACGUGUGUGUUCGUAGACACCAUUGUUCGGUGCAACCUACAGUCACUGGCUCAGAUCGCAGAGAAUCUAGCCAGGCGCAAAUAGCAAACAGCAAAAAGAAGCCAUUUUCGUGAGUGAAACUCUUCAUCCAAAUAGAUUAAUUCCCCCCUUCUCUCCCUACUUCAUGUUUUUUAGUAAAAAAAGAGUGUUUGGUGAUACGCCGUCGUUUUUGUGAGUAUCCGAUGUUGGGUUACCGGUGGAACAUCUUAUCACUACCGAGUUCAUGUUUCUCGAUUCAACUGAUGACAGCUUCUUUUGUUUGUUUUACUUUUCUUUUGUUUAAUCUGUGAAAUACUAUUAAUAAAUACACACACUACGUUGUUAAAAAAAUAUAUGAGCCUUCAUGAUUUUCUGUCGUCAUUGCUUCCGACUGUUCUCUCCGGUUUGUAUAUAAGUUUAUAAAAUUAGACAUCAGAAUAAAAGAACAAGAUAGAGUUUUAAAUAGUAUUUAAUUUUGAAUGUAAUGGACGGAGAAUUUGGGAAGAUAUUAUUAUUAUUAUUAGUAGGGAAGGCUAUAAUAAAAUGGGUUAACGCGAAAUACGGUACGGAACUGCAUUAGACAGCAAAAGAUGACCGAUAAAAGGCAGCUUUGGUUUGAAUAAAGUAGCGGAGUUGAGUGUUUUAAUAUUAAGUUUCCAUGUGAAAGAGGUCUUGAAUUUUUUCAUCCAGAAGUUGGGCCGUUUCUGGCGAUGGCUGACGGCCAGUAGUCUAUCAUCCAGUUUCGGCACAAAAAAAAAAAAAAAAAAUUUUGGGGUUUGAAUUUUUGAGUCGGAAAGGGCCGAUAUUGGAGAUAAAGACCAAAUACCUAGCAAGACUACGAGGUGAAUUUGUUUUGCUCAAUGUAAAUUCGCGAACAUGGUGAGAUGCGCAUGAUGUGCUAAGAGAUUUUGAUUCGCCAGAAAUUGGAGCAAAAGGAAAGCUCUUUUUCAUGGAAUAUCAGAGCAUGCGAAUUAAGGUAAAAACUUGGGAUCUAUUGUAAAUUGCAUUGGAGGUACAGGGGGUGCAUUUCAUUUUUCUUGAUCUGUACAGUAAAUAGGGAUAGAGAAUCAUGGAAAAGGGGGGUGCACGCUGGCAGUUAAUGGGCAGACGAGAAGAUGAAUUUUCGAAGGGUAAUUAAGUUUGCACCCGUGCGGUCCACAUCGUUUUCAAUUUGACAGUGAACAACCGGGACAUUGCAAUAGGACGAGUAAAACCGCGGUUAAAUUAUUACAUGCAUUCAUCUGAUUCUGGGUCUGGGGGUAUAAAAAUUCUAUCCUCUGGCUCUGAUCUGAUAAACGGAUUUAGGAGGUGUUUUUCAGUGGUAAAAAGUUGGUGAGAGAUGCCUAACGUAUCAGCGCAAGGAAUCAAUUCAAAUGAACAUUCCUUUUUCCUGCAGGCAGGAGCUGAAAAGGGGUGAUUUUCCAAAGAUGUGGUAACAUCUAUUAGUAUAUUGAGACGCAAGCAAACAAAAUAAAUCUGAACAAUGGGGGUGGCCUGACCGGGAGGGGGAAAAGUGAAGGAAACGAAGAAAACAUUUGCGAGUAACCUAGAAA